CGUGCAGAGUUUGACAUUCAAGUCAAGCUCAUGACAUUAACGAUCGAAUAACGUGAUCAAAUUAAACUGCUGGACAAGAAACCCCACAAAAGGCAAGAUGUCCACCUUCGUGGCGCGCCGUUCGCGCCGAAUCGAGCAACUUACCCGGCUGGCCAGUCAGUCGGACCUGUACCCGCCGGAGAUUUGGGAGCACAUCUUCCGCCACCUGACCGGCCUGCAGAUCCUGCGGACGCGCCUGGUUUGUCGCCGCUGGCGGGACAUAAUCGCCGGUUGUCCGCUGUUGCUGCGGAAGCUCCGGAUUCGCUUCGAUAACAGAAGGUAUAGAGAACUGGUCGACGAUUUUCCGUUGCUUCCGAUAACGGAGGCAAGCAUCCUGGAGUAUUCUGUCGUUGUCGCGCCUGACUGGUGGCCUUGGGUAAGCCAAAAGCUAACCCAUCUGACAUUGUUCGAUUGUGGUGUGAAGGUAUCGCUGCUUCUUGGAAUGCUUCAGCAAACUUCCAACCUUCGGUGCUUGAAGAUUCGAGAAUGUUUCCUGGAAGGGAUUGCAGAACCAAACGUCCAGUUUCCACAGCUGGAAGAGCUCACUCUGGACAAAGUGGAGUAUGACCACUACGACGACAAUGAGUACACGAACCUGCUGGACAUCUUUGAGAAAAUCUUUCCCCGACUAAGAGAUCUUCGUAUCAGGAAGAUUGGGGAAAAUGGGUUCAACGUUGAACGUCUCGUACCAGCGAUUCGAGCCCUUGCAAGCACACUGGACGCGUUGGAAAUGGACUUCGCCGGGGUGAACGUUCUUCGCGAUCUGCCCGAGCUGACCCGGACCCGACUGCGCCGAAUCUCUGUCCAUGUUGACCCGUAUUUUGAGUUGGACAGAUGGUCCCGUUUCUUCCGCGCGCAACCUCUGCUCGACGAUUUGGUGAUAUUCACGACUAACUUGGCCACCAACAUGAUGGUGUGUGACAUCGGGCGGGCCGUGUCGAAUCUAAAGCGACUCAAACUACACGUCACUAAUACCUUCUCCACUGACUUUCUGGAAUUUAUGCCGAACUUGGAGUACUUUGAACUGCACGGAGAAGUCUUUGAGGAUAUCCUUCUCUACAAAAGGGGCAGCCCUCGCCUGACGGAGCUCCACCUGCGGGAUGUUGAAGUAAACGGUUUCUGGCCGUUUCUCAACCUUUCUCCGCUGCUUCGCCGCAUCGUCCUGCACGGUUGUACGCUGAACUUCCAGACCUCGAACGUCAGAGUGUUGAGAAACAUUCGCACCUUGGAGAUCGAUGAGGACUCCAAUGUGCCCUUGAAAAUGCUAAAAGCGCUGCUUCGGAAAUGUCCCUCCCUGGAGGAGUUCUCGUUUGGCUGUGCGGAGGACUACCCGGACUCGGUUCCGCUGCUGAUUUGCGAGCGUUUGAAGCGUUUGCGCAAGUUGUCGCUGCGAGGAUAUCCGGUUACGGAUGCGAGCGUGAAUCACAUUGUUCAGCACGGUCGCGCUCUGGAAGAGGUGCGGCUCAACGCGUACGUCCUGUCCGAGGAAACUAUCGAACGGCUGCUCGCGAAUAGCAAUCUGCAGGUGUGGUUGGAUCAAUAUUAGCUCAAUCUCACCUUGUGAAUUAUCAUCUACUCAUUUAAACAUUGAAGUUUGUUACGUUCA